AUGGACUCUGAGCUACGAAUGUCCUCUCCCCGCCUAGGACCUUCUAUGCCGAUAAACGACCAGUCCAACCUACAGUUAGGCCAAUUUGACCAAGAAUCACAAUCCUUCGGCUCAUUCCGUCCCCCGACCGAAGCCGAAUCACAGCUCCAGAACGCGACGCAUGCCUUUCUUCGUCCUACACGGUCAGGCGAGCCAGCGAACGAUUUUAUCACCGCAUCUCCAUCCACACAACACCAAUCACACCAAGGUCACCCUAGCAAUGGAGUUGCCUCGCACUUACAACCGCAAGGUCAAUCCUCCAAUGGUUUACACCAAUCGCAGGACUACAACAAUGGCGUCGCUCAUGCAGCGAAUAUGAGCGGGGCAUUACAUGGCGCUGGUACUGGUCAAAUGGGGCCUCCAGAAUCGCUGUCGCAAAACGAGCUAGCGAUGGGGAAUAACGCGCAUCAAGCUCAGAAUAACAGCUUAACAACGUUGCAGUCCUCAAGUCAACCGUUUCAAUCGGAUUUUAUCGAGCUAGAUUCUGGCUCCGCAGAUCCAGCGUCCUUCACUGGGCCUGGAGAGCUGCAAGGCUUCAAAGUGGUUCCAAAUCCUCCGCAUCUGGAUUACUGGAGAGAAAGGUUGUUCAAUGUUGAUGAAAUGAUCACCCUGAGCGAAGAGGAAUUCCAAACCUACUUCCCCCACGUUGACAAUGUAUACUCUCAUCGCUCAACUCAACGAAAAAAGAAGCGCAAGCGUACGGCCAGAGAACGGGAUCUCUGCCAUGUCAAAAUCAAAGUCGUGGAAUACUUCCCAGUAUCUGAAAUCUCAAAUACGACUCAUGCAGUCGAGCCCGUGCCAUCUAACAUCCUGCCUGGUAUGUACACUUUCUCUCUGAAUGAUGACCCUGCGAUCCGAAAUGUCCAAACAUUCGGUAUGCUCACCCCGAACCCUGGUCUACCACCAAAUCAUCCGGGAUCGAAUGGCGGGAGAUAUUUCACUAUACAGCGGGUGAAUGGCAAUGGUGCCAACGGAAAGAAUGACGGAGUGAGUGGCGGUCAUCAACAUACGCUUGAAGAAAGCGACCGUGUCAAGAAGAGUAGUGUGCAACGAUAUGUCCUGAAGGAAAAGAAAGACAAAAAAACGAAAACGGACCGAGUCAUGUCUCGAACAGGCCAAAAGUCAUACCAUACAAAAGCGACGGGUCUAGCCGCCGAAACUGCUAUCAAACAUUCUGCCGACGUUAAUCUCAAGCUAUUUGGGAGCUGCUUCUGCCCCUUCGUGCAACGGGUAUGGAUUGCAUUGGAGCUGAAAGGUAUCCCGUACCAAUAUAUCGAAGUGGAUCCAUACGAGAAGCCCCAGUCGCUGUUAGAGGUUAAUCCAAGAGGGCUUGUUCCUGCUUUGCGGCACGACGACUGGGGAUGCUAUGAAAGCAACGUGUUGUUGGAAUAUCUGGAGGAUCUGGGCGUAGGAGCUGCAAUGCUUCCAGGAGACCCGAAGCUGCGCGCUCAUUGCCGGUUGUGGGCAGAUCAUGUCAAUCGGCAUAUCGUGCCGAGUUUCUACCGUAUACUGCAGGAGCAGGACCAACAGAAACAGAUCGAGAAGACGCAGGAGCUGCGAGACGCGAUGGAGAAGCUGCUCGAAGUGGCGCAUCCCAAGGGACCCUUCUUCAUGGGCCCGCAGAUGUCCCUUGUGGAUGUUCAGGCUGCCCCGUGGAUUAUUCGACUGCGGCGGGUCCUGAAACCAUACCGAGGAUGGCCAGAUGCUGAGGAGGGAAGUAGGCUGGCCCUUUGGGUGAAUGCAAUCGAGACCAACCAGCAUGUGCAAGCGACGACUAGUACGGAUGAGCUGUACCACGACAGCUAUGAGCGAUAUGCCCAGAACCGCCCAAACACAUCCCAGGUCGCAAAUGCAAUUAACGCAGGACGAGGCCUCCCUUAA